AAAGAAAGAAAGAAAGAAAGAAAGAAAGAAAAAAAGAUUCAGUAGCCGGUGGCGGAAAUAAGCAGGUCACGUGGGCCAGAGGUUGCCGAGGCCGGUGUGUAUCCAUGACAACACUAGUGGAGGAAAGUGUCUGCAUACAGCGCGACAGAACGUAAAGAAAAGGAUGGCAGAAACUGGUGAUGGUAAAAAAGAGGAUGCCGACUACAAAAGACUGCAAAGCUUUCCACUCAUCAGGCACACAGAUAUGCCAGAGGAGAUGCGUGUGGAGACCAUGGAGCUCUGCGUCACAGCCUGUGAGAAAUUUGCAUCCAACAAUGAGAGUGCUGCCAAAAUGAUCAAGGAGUCCAUGGAUAAGAAGUUUGGCAGUUCGUGGCAUGUGGUGAUCGGUGAGGGGUUUGGGUUCGAGGUGACCCAUGAAGUCAAGAACCUGCUCUACAUGUUCUUCGGAGGAAGUCUGGCUGUGUGCGUUUGGAAAUGCUCCUGAUGUCGCUUCCCACACAAUUGCCACUAUGAGAUAUUUAUACUCACGGACCCGUCUUAACUAUGCAACCCUAUUUGACUUGACACGUGUGUGUGCCCAAAUGUGUGAAAUUGUAUACGAGGAGAAAAAAGGAUACAGAUUCCUUUGCACUUCUCCAGGUGACUCUUUUUCUGUCUUAAUGUAUAGGCUUCAAUUUUAAGCUUAACACACAGAUUUUAAUAAGUUUAAUUAACUUUUUUAGCAUUUUUAAUAAAGUUUAUUGCAACUGACUGCAGGACCAAGA